GCAACUUGCGGUGAUUUCAUUCGACGGAUAUUCAAAGUGCUCCCGACCGUGUCGACCGCGUUGUGAGGAAACCGGUGACUCGUCGUGUGGGAUCUGUCGCACUUUUUCUAAAGGCAGUUGCAAGUGGACCCCGCCGACUUCUUCGGAGUCUCAGCAAGGCCUUGUCGUCCCGAGCCAAACCAACAAAGAGCCAGCCAUGUCGUCGACAUCACAGAAACAUCGCAACUUCGUCUCCGAGCCGAUGGGAGAGAAGGCGGUCACAGACCUUGCUGGCAUCGGCGAGGUCCUUGGCAAGCGACUAGAACAGAAAGGAUUUGACAAAGCCUUCGUCGUCCUCGGACAAUUCCUCGUCCUCAAGAAAAACAAGGACAUCUUUGUGGAUUGGAUGAAAGACAUCUGCGGUGCCAACAACAAGCAGGCGACAGACUGCUACCAGUGCUUAUACGACUGGUGCGAUGAGUUCUUGUGAACGUUGGACAGUUGCCAACAACUGACGGACUGUAAAUACCAAGGGGACUUUUCUUGGUUGUUCUAGGACACCUGUCUUUUAUCCGAGUCCACUUUCUACAAGAAUUCUUUUUAAUACAUUUCUGUAUUUUAUUUGGCUAAAUAAAAUAUUUUAUUUUCUGCUUUUAA